UGUUAAACCCGUAGGUGUGGUCACUCACCGUGCAAAGGGCGAUCGUUAGAAGCAGCUUGUCAACACGCGCCGCACGAGUCGCGUUCAUCGCGAGGAAAUAACGCCCGGCGCCGUGGCGUGGCUUUUAUGCCCUCAUUGGGUCUCAAUCCGAAUGCAUGAUGCUCGCAAGGGAAAUCGAAUGAUCAACGGAUGGAUUGUUAUUCGUGGGACGCGCGCGGUUUUUCGAACUCGUACACGUCGGAAUUUUUACUUUCACUACAGGUGUAUUACGACAGGCCGUGCCGGUAUAAGCGUAUCGGGAGUAAGCGUGACAAGGUAGUUGUCAUUCUACGUCGGUGACGAUACCAUUGCUGGAUAACGAUCACAUCCGGACGGAUGUCAUGGAUCGGGACUAUUUUUUAUUGAUCGCAGUUUUGCUGCCGGCGUUGUUACUUCACGACGAAAUGAUCGUGUCGGCUACGAGUCCGGUCUUUACGUUUAUACACGAUAUCAUUCAACAUAACAUCGCAGGCGCGCCCGUCGUGCACCAGAAAACAGAGUGGGAUUUCGAUCCGGAAGUCGGCAAGCAGAGAAGGGCGAGGUACGAGCAGGAGAACGGACGUUUCGGUGAGAUCGCGAUAGCAAAGAUCGGAAUGGGUAUCGGAUACAAAGGACCGUGGGGGAAGCUCGUGGAUAAUUGAAAAAGUCAGACUAUCGAUUU